GCACCCUCCUUCACAUGAGCAGCUCUGAUGUUGGGUACAAGGACUACCCCGACACAUACAUUCGCGGAGCUCUCUCUCCCUCCACCAAUAUCAUCAGCAGCCUGAGCCCCAAAACCCUCCUUCCUUCCACUUCAACCAUGGCUUUGACGUCUUCUAUUUCUCUCCGGCCUUUCUUUUCCUCCGCCACCACUGAUCUGAACGUCCACAGCUUAAUCUCAGGGAACUUGUCGAAGAACUUUUCGCUCAAUAGACCAACUUUGAAAGGAAGCCAGUUGUUGAGGAGGUCGUUCAAAUUGACCUGUUCAAUAGACAGAGAAAUGGAUGUUAGCACAUCGGCUUUGAUUGAUGGUGUAGCAGAGUGCCUAAAUGAAACGCAGGUGGAGCCAAGAAUUUCAACCAUGGUGCUGAAUUUUGAGAAUAAGUUUGAUCCUUAUGAAGCGAUCAGUACACCACUUUACCAAACUGCUACUUUCAAGCAGCCGUCAGCAACCGAAAAUGGCUCCUAUGAUUAUACCAGGAGUGGAAAUCCUACACAGGACGCUUUAGAAAGCCUCCUGGCAAUGCUUGAUAAAGCAGAUCGAGCAUUUUGCUUCACUAGUGGAAUGGCUGCUUUGGCUGCUGUUUAUCGUCUUGUUGGAACUGGUGAGGAAUUUUUGCUGGAGAUGACCUGUAUGGUGGUUCUGAUCGGUUGCUGUCAAAAGUAAUUCCA